AUGGCGCGCGGUGGGAAACCCGGCCGAGGCGGCCGAGGCGGCCGCGCGCGGCGCGAAGAGGAAGAGCGAGCCGCUCGUAACGCCGAGUGGAAAGCGUCGCGCAGACGCGGUACCGAGGACUCCGAUGAGGACUCCGAUGAGGACUCCGAUGAGGACUCCGACGAGGAGGAAUCGGAGAGCGAAGAGGCGCCGGUGCGAGGACGACCGGUUCCGGGGUCGCUGCCGCCGAACUCGGAGAGCGACGACGAUUCGGAGAGCGACGACGAGAGCGAUCUGUUGGCGAUGAUGGCGCCGAGGGAGAAAACGAAACCCGAUGAGCCGUCUCCGGACGAGAUCUUGGCGCAGAAGAGUAAGAAGCAGUUGGAGGCAGAGAUGGAGAAGCUCAGGCUCGUGCGCGAACGAAGAGCGGCGCAGGCCAAGGCGAGGAUCGAGGCGGAUGGCGGUGUCGAUCGAUACGCCGUCGGCGCGGGCGAGGGGAAGACGAGAGGCGAUGAUUCCGAUUCCGGUAGCGACGACGACGACGAUGACUCGGAUUCCGAUUGA